AUGUUUGGAGAUGCAACUUCUAAGUCUCCUCUUGGAGUGUUCAAGAACUAUCACUUGAAAAUUGGAGAAUGCAUCAUCCAAACUGAUCUCACUGUGAUGGAAAUGGAAGAAGAGAAGGAUUUACCUCUGUUAUUGGGAACCCCUUUCCUUAGUACAGUUGGCGCUUCAAUAGACUUUCACAAGCAAGAAGUGAUCCUUCACAAGGUGAAUAGUUUGGUGUCAUAUCGCUUGCAGCCUAGAGGUUCAGACUUUUGUGCCACAAUUGACAGUACCACUCUCAGUUCUAAGAGUCAUGGAGCUACAAAGGUUGUGAAGGAAAGGGUUGACAAGAACCAAGAGUUGGGAAGGAUAAGGAUGAGAGAGGACCAAGGAUUGAGAAGCCACGUCUUGAGAGGGCUAGAGUUGAGAAACCAUCUGAUAGGCCAGAGCUGA